CCAGGGGCGAACUGACCAUUUGGAAACUCGGGCACUGCCCGAGGGCCCGGGGGUCAGUAGGGGGCCCCAUGAGAUGCCCCUGGUACCUUUUUCAUAGGCUUUUUUGAGUUUGGGCAAGGACACAGGGGCCCCAUGAUCCCCUAUUGCCCGGGGGGCCCCAUGAGUUGUCAAUCCACCCCUGUCCGACCCUGGUCACUACAGGACAUGGGGCCCCAUGAUUCCCUAUUGCCCGCGGGCCCCAUGAGUUGUCAGUCCGCCCUG